AUGUUACCAUCAAGCCCACUGCUGGGUGGCCCUAUGAUGAGCUCCAUUUUUGGGUCCGCGCGGCAAACACUGCAAAGCAUCGAGUUUGACUACACCCUUCCGCGCACCCGCGAGAGCAGCGUGCGUCCACCUGAUCCCAUUACUGCCCCACCAGCGGCCGCAACGUCAUUCAUCGGUAGCUGUGGGCCACCAUUUGGACUGAUGGACGGACACGCGCCGCUGUCACAGCUCAACGCCAUGCCACUGUUCGAUUACUCGAGCGCGGACGGUGUUGGGGCCGGAGCCGACCGCACACUCGCGGUCGACGCGACCAAGACCAUCUACUCGCCUACCACAACAUUGGGUGACCUUGUUACUGCCAGCGAUGGAGCGGGUGGGAUGACUAGUUGUGCGAGCGUCAGCGCCGGCCCCAGCACCAGCAAUGAUAUCGACAUCAACCAUAUUGAGAGUUUUGCGACUUGGGAGGACAUCGGCUCGUUUCUCUCCCUGUACAUGAAACACCAGCACAUGCUGGUUCCACUUGUCCACCGGCCGAGUUUUGCGCAAGACGUUCUUCACCGCCGCGAUGAGGUGGACGAGGCGUUCCGAGGUUUGCUCCUCAGCAUGGUUGCAUACACCAUCUGCCAGUGCCCGAUCAACUGGCUAGUGGGCAGGAUGGACAAGUUACAGCUUGAGACCCUCCUGGAACGCUGUCAACGGGGAAGCCGUAUCAUUCAGAUCCGACACCAGACACGACCCAGCCUGGUGGUUCUCGCCUCAACUAUCCUCGACUGGAUCUCGAGCCAGGCAGCAUCGGCUGCCGAGCUGCCAAUGAACCUCCUGUCGGACGUGCGCCGUUUGGUCUACACCCUUGGCCUCAACCGCGAGACCCCCAAGGAGGGACUGUCCUCUCUGGAGCUUCAACUUUGUCGCCGACUGUAUUGGGAGGCCUAUGCCAUCGACAAGACGAAUUCGUUGAACGGCCACCCGAUGAUUCUGAACGACAUGGACGGCGUCCCUCCACUUCCACUCGAGAUUGACGACGAGUACAUGGCCGGCGACGCAACCUUUCCCCAACCAGAGGGCAAGUUGUCCUACAUGUCGGGCUUUUGCUACGUCUCCAAGUUGUUCCAGGUGCUCAACGGCUGCAUUGUCCGACACCGGACGCUCCAGGCUGCCGACACAUCUACUGGUCCCACUACCGAAACGUUGCAAGCAUGGGUCGACUCUAAACUCGAGGAGGUCCAGGAUCUGUUGACCGAGAUACCGGAGGAGCUCCAGUCCGGCUCAAUCAGCCAGGACAAUCCCUCCGUGUUCGGCACACAGGCGGCCAACCUGUACAUCACUGCGCUUUGUAUCGAGCUCGCAUUACUCGACCUCAAGGGCAAACUCCACCCAGAGGAGGACACGCAUAAUGAAAAGGCGAGACAGGAGAUUGCACAGCGCGCGUUUCGACAGCUGGAACACAUGCCGCUGGAGUGCUUGGCUUCAAAUGGAGAGAGUAUGCGCGGGAAGGUGCUGAGAGUGAUCCUGGCACUCUUGAACGUUUCAUCUCAAGAGGCAGGUACACUUGGGGAGGGUCUGUGGGAUUGGUGGAAUAUGUUCAGCAGAGUACAGUUUUUGCAGCUCAUGCCAACGGCCGGCGCUUCUUAG